UGAAUUUGACAAAAGCUUUUCCUGAACAAGACAUAACUUAGUAAAUAGGUACUUUAUAUCCAUGAUGGUUAUAAAGCAUCCAUUUUAAGCUUUGAUAUUCAUAAACGAUUACCAUACGUUCUUUUAUUUUGACGGGACAACCGGGACGGAAAGGAAAGAAACCAUUAAAAGGAAGGUUUCUUAAGUGAUCACUAUUUCUUCAGAUCUUUCCAAAACUGAAACUCUAAAACUGUGUCACAGAAAUAUCGGAUUUAUAAGAAUUAAAACUUAAGCAGUAUAUCAUUCAGGUGCAAAGGAUCACCAUAUUAAAACAUAGCUGUAAAAGAAGAAUGAUUAAGAUGUCAAUAGACGAGGCUCUCAGUUUUGGUAAAACCUACCACGGCACUAUCACACGGAUGUCUUUUAGCUCUGGAUGGACAUUAAUGCCAGAAAACCGUACGACAAGUCGUUGUGCUUACCUUCAAAAAUGUCAUCCACAAACUUUGAUUGAUAUCUGUAGAUAUAGGCAGCGUUACCAAAAUCUAAUAACUACAUCUGGAAGUUCCGAGAGUUUUCAGUUGUUUGGGGUUUCCUUAGAAAUAAAGAAAGAUAACACGAAUAACGUGGAUCUGUUAAAUAAACCAGAUGAAUCGGUUGGGGACAUGGAUUCAAAAGACCGAAAGGAGUUCUCAUCUGAUGAAAUAUUACAUGGCAGGAUAAGUAUAUUAUUAGACGAGCUGAAAAGUCUAAAUGACGAAAUAGAUUGCACUCAAGCUUCAAGAAAUGCACUGUCGGGGCCAACAAGCAACGAGGUCUCCUCAGCAGAAUUCCAAUGUAUGAAAAAUGUCACAAGCACAAUGUGUGGACAGAGAAGAAAUAUGAUACGGCAUGAUCAUAGCGGAAACCGUUAUAUUGUCACAUUGCAGGUUGCAGCACUUUUAGAGAAAAGUUCAUGGGCUACCAGAUAUAAAAACAGCAUUGAAUUUUCUGAUGAAAAGUCGCUUAAUUUGAUGACCCAAGGAUACAUUGCAUACCUUAUAUACCUGGAAACUAAAAUGACCAUGAUGGAAGUUAUUAUCAUGGACAACAAACUUCAUGUGAAAGUUUUUGUCGAACAUAUACAACAAUGGAUGUAUAGUAUAUGUGAAGGCAAAUUAGACAAAAAGAAGUCUUUACAAAUGGCAAAUGAACACAUGAUUGACGCAUGCACUCAUCAAAAGGAUGACACAGAUCAAGUUGAAGUUGAAGUUGACAAUCGUACACAAAUAAAAAAGGAGGGAGAUUCUCAUGUUAUUCAGGCUGAACAGAAAGGAGACAAAUUAAAUGUCAUUGAUGAAAAGGAGAAAACCCAAAUAACCCAGAUGCAUGGAUGGUUUUUCUGGUUCCUGAAGGUACUGUUAUGGACGAUAGUUAUACUACGUGGAGCAAAUGCCAUUCCUUUAGAUAAGCAAGACACAAAAAAGCUGCUUACAUCUAAAACAUGCAAUCAUGACAACUUCUAUUCAUUGAAAUCGAAAUGUCACACAAAUGGAAUCGAUCACAACUUGACGAUCUUUGAUUUCUGUGAAUUUCAUAAACAGUGUAGCUCAGACGAACAUCCCGUAUGUUUAAAUAUUGAAAAAAUGGGUGUGUAUGUGUGCUUACAGAGAGGGUUAUCUUGUUCGAAAGGACGUAAGAUUAUCGCAAGACGGGACGAUCAGCUCCGAGAUAUUGUUCAUCUUGAAGAGGUUGACUGUCCUAUUGGUACCUUUCAGCCUACUGAUUCUGACUGUAUUCAAGCAUGUUCAUACAAACAUACAGAUAUGGCUUAUCUUGGAGAUAGAUAUGUUGUGAGCUCUGAAGGGGACAACGUAAACCCAACCUUCGUGUAUUGUAAUUACAAAAAGGGAUACUACAACCCAGAGGGAAAGUUGACUUUGAAUUAUGACAGGGAUCUUAUUUGGAAUCCAGACUUUUGUAUGAAUGAAAACAAGUGCAAGAAUGGUCAAUUUCCCCUACCAGACGGACGCUGUGUCAGUGCAUGUAAGCAUGGCUUUGAAAGAAGUCCACCAGACUUUCACUGUCAACAAAUGGAUAUCUCCAAUAGUUUCGGAACAACUGUACCUGUGACUAUUACAACACUGUUGACGACUUCAAAAAUAGUGUCAUCGACCGUCAAUAGUUCUCUUGUGAGUCGUACCAGCACACAGAAAAUAACAACAGAGGGAACUAUUGAAACGAAUGAACAUGAUGGUGAAACAAGUGGAACAUUUCCAUUGUGGGGAUAUGUCUUAAUAAUAUGUGUUGUAGGUUUGGUUGGAUUGUGUGUAGGUUUAGCAUUGUGUUACAUAAGGUCGACAAGAGCAAGCAAUCAGAAUGCGUCAGGCAAAGUAAAAACGAGGAAAACACGUGUGAGCAAUGCAGUAGGUAAAAUACAAUUUAGAGAUGCAAAACAUGUUCACAUCACUACUUACCAAGUUUUGCGAGGACAUGAUCAGGGCGAAAUGGUUUAAUAAAUUGCUUUCAAUGUAGGUGAUUUCAUUUUAGCAAAUAGCUUAAAACAUGAUAUGUUAAAUGAAUGAAACUGAUAUGACACAUUUAUGCACAAUAUUCAGUUGGGAUUGUAAUAUUAAGUUUGGAAUGUAAAGGACACUAAACAUACCCUAAAGUGGGAACUUCUAAGACCGGCCGACACGGCAUAAUUGAAACAUUGGAAAACCUCAAUGACGUUUUUUUUUGUUAGCAAAAAUGUGUGUUAUAAGCAUAUUAUUUUAGAUAAAUGAGCAGUAGAAAAAAGUUUUGCUGAUUCUUGCAGACGGAUGGUAAAAGUCGAUUGCUUUUACCUGACAUACAAUUUUUACCAUGAUUAACACAUUUACAAAUAUGUUUAUAAUGUAACAGCCAAUUAAAAAACAACAACAAUAAGCUGUCAUCUGUUGAUAAUAGUAGUUAAGAGACAACAAAUAAUUGACAGUGUUAGACGGUUGUUAAAAAGUAAGUUACACAGUUAACCAUUGCAAUAUGUUAUGACGAGUUGAUUUAUAAUUUUUCAUGAAGAUUUUGUGUAAAGAUUUUUUUUCUUUUCUUUUUUUUCUUAUUUUAGUUUUAUUUUAUUUUGUGUUGUUGUUUUUUGGUGAAAGUUUAUAUAAAGUAACAUCAAAUGAAAUGCAAAAAUUGAUUAUGUUAAAUAUCAAAUGGAAACAUAAGUUCCCGAUAAACUUAUUUUCUUCAUUUUUAGAGUUCUGAGAACAUGCUGAAUUACAUGUUGUUCAGUUGAAUAAUUUUGUACGUCAAACAUUAUUUGUACAUAACGUUUGUAGUUUGGAGUGAAUUUAGACAUGCUAUUAAAUCAGUGUUAAAUUUUGUUAAAUUUAUAUUUUUAUUGUUUUCCUAGCUAAUAAGAACAAAUCAUAGCAAGUUUUCCUUAUGUAUUUUGAUAAGUAGGUUUUGUACUUUGUUGCUGUAAAUCAUCAAGCUGUACUUGUUAUGUGAUUCAUUUUGAUUUUAUAAAUUUGCAUUACAUUCAGUAUAUAACAUGAAACUAUCUGUGAUUGACUGGGACACUAUACUCUUGUUACAGAAUUGUUAUGAUUUUCUUUAAUCAAAUAACAUUAAUUGUCAUUAACGAUGUUAACUAUAGUAGACGCUUUCCACAAAUAUGUUUAAUUCAGAGAUUCAGCAAACAUAUUCGCAAUUAAACAUAGUUUGAUUAAGAUUCAAUGUAGUUUCUUUUAUGCUCAGAUUGCAAUUGCGGAAACACUAUGUUUUUCUACUCAAAUUCCGAAAUAUUUGUCAAAUGGCAUAAAUGAUCCAUUGUUAAAUAGGUCAUUGAUGGCAGCACUAUUAAUUGUUGAGAACUGAGUACCGCUCAAGCCGGUGCUAGGUGGCGUGAGGGAUGUUGCACUUAUUCAGUAUCCCUCAUGUACAGACUCAAUCAAACCGUGUCUGCAAUUUUUGAUGUAAUUAAAGAGUGAAUAAUGCUUCCGAGGGAACAUUUUGUUUCCAGAUUUUUAUGGUGUUUAAGUUUGGUAAAGAAGGAAUGUAUGAUAAUUCCUCAUGUAACUAUUUCUUAUUCAUUACCCCUCUUACUCACACUCAGAAUAUUUCAUCUUUUCACAAAGUGGUAAAAUAGAUUUAUAUAAUUUUUCAGUUAUAAAUGGAAAAGACAAUUUGAUAAUGAUUAAAUAUGUUGAAAUAUUUGUGGAAAAAAUCUAUUAAGUUAUUGCCACUUUAUUUGCUUCGAAUUGUUAUUAUACAUCAUACAUUCUGUUUCAUAUUUAUUUAAUUGUAUUAUUGUUUUUGGUACUUAAUGUUACAUUUACACACACACACGUUUAAAAAACAACGGAAUAUCAACAAAACAAACAUUUUCAGUUUUGUAAAUAUAUUGAAAAAGAGAUAAUUUAAAAGGUUUUGUUUGCCAAUGAACUUAAAGGUCCAAUUUCAUUGUUUCGUGUUUCAACAAAACUGUUAGUAAAUGAAUGAUUUAAAGGUACAUUUAUAAGAUUAAAUUAUAUUGUUUCAAAAAUCUUAUGGUCGAUUCUCGAAAGAGCUGUAGCAAAAAUUUCUACGUUAUUUAACACAUUUGAAUAUUGUACGGAAACAGAAUAAAGUGUUCUGGGACAAAUAUUAUGAUACUAUUUUAAUCAGAGAUUUAACGGUUUAGCAAGUGAUUUCGUGUUUUCACCAUUUAUUUUAAGGUAAUGUACUAACAUUUUUCUUUCAUACAGACAUUUUGGAAGAAUUAUGUGUGACAGUUUAGCAUUUGAAAGUAAUUUACACAAAGGUAUAUUUACUUUGAUAACAAUAUUUUGUAUGAAAUCCAUGAUAGUCUUUUAAUGUUCAAAAUAUCUUAUUUUUAUCUUGGUUAUACCAGUAAGAGAAUCUGUUUGAAGUUAUAAAAUUGACUUAUUUCUUUAAUCUAGCCGUGCUAUUAGCACACGCGUUGGAACCUUUUAUCAUCUAUAACUGAAAAUAUAGGCGUAAGUAAAUAUUUGACUUAUCUGACCAAAUUAUAUCAUAACAAACUUUCCUAACGUAAAUCCUAUGCAGAAAAGUAUUUCUAGCCAUGCAAUGUGAACAUGUUAAAAUCAUUGAUGUAAAAUAGAACGUCCAUUUUGUAAAAUAUGCUCAGUACAUUUUGUCAGUUAUAUAGUCAUUUUUCUUCCUUUACUAUAAAAGAAAUUUGAUAUA